AUGAUGCAAAAUAAUAUAUCUGUUGAAAAGGUUUGGUAUGUAACCGGUACAUCUAAAGGUUUAGGAUUGGUAUUCGUAAAGAAGUUACUACAAAAUGGAUACAAAGUUGUUGGAACCUCUAGAGACAAACAACAUUUGAUUGAUGCCGUCGGACCUAUUGGAAAUUCCUUUAAUUUCUUGGCGGUGCAAGUAGAGUUGACUAAUGAGGAGAGUAUCAGAGCAUCGUUUCAAGAAGCCAUCGAGAGGUUUGGUCGUAUAGAUGUCUUGGUGAAUAAUGCUGGCUACGGAAUAUGUGGUGCACUCGAAGAGAAUGCCGAUGAAGAUGUCCGAAAGAAUUUCGAUAUCAAUGUUUUCAGUGUGUUCAACAUACUUCGUAAUAUUACUCCGAUCAUGAGAGAACAAGGUUCAGGUCAGAUCUUUAAUAUCUCCUCAAAAGUUGGAUUGAUUGGAUUGCCUGGAAUAAGUGUUUACUGUGCAACGAAAUUCGCUGUCAACGGAUUGACCGAAGCCUAUGCAGCCGAAGUUAAACCAUUCGGUAUCAACGUUACACUGGUCUGCCCAGGAACUUUCAGAACAGAAAUUCUAAAUUCUGAAUUUUAUAAUGAUUACAAGAAUAAGUUGGAACAUUAUAAACCAAUACAUAAUCGUUUGGAGUUUAAUGACCAAUAUCUAAGUGGUAAUCAGUGGGGUGACCCUGAAAAGUUGGCUGAUCUCUUAAUUGAGGCAUAUGAAUUGAAUCUUACUCAGAAGGAGACUGGCAACUACAUUGUUGUUGGUUCGGAGGCUUAUCCCACAGUCAGAGCCAAACAAGAGAGAUUCGUUAAAGAUCUUGACAAGUGGGAACCAAUCGGUUCAAAAACUGAUUAUGAAGGUUAUGAUCAUAGUACUUUUAAUCAAAACCUACAAAAUUUUAUGUUAAACAAAAAUAAAUAA